CUCCUCUCCUCCUCCUCCUCCCUCUCCCUGUCUUCUUAUUUGAGCAGCGUCACGACACCUUUUGAAUCCUUAGGUUUGAAGGUUAGGGCUGGGGUGCACGUGUGCACCUCGACAAACAGUUUUAAAUUUAAAUUCAAAACGUUCCACGUGCGCUCUUCUUUUUUUUCCUUUCCGCUCGCCUAGCAGUUGCGCUUAAAGUAGCGCAACACAUUGCCGCCUCGUCGGCUUACCAGCCACCGCGCUCGCAGGAGCUGAAGCCAUUUCUGAGGGAAGAUGAAGAGGAUGAUAUUAACUCAAGAGGGCAGGGACACUAUAUAGUCAGCAUGCUGUAGCUCUGCAAACAGGCACUUGGGGACCAGCUUGGAUCCAUUGGUGUUCCAGAGGUUCCAGUGACCCUUUGACCUCUGCCAUGGAUUUCUUUAAUGACCCCAGCCUCUUUGGUGGAGGUUUGGAAGGGCUGGAUGAGGAUGGCUUCCCUUCAGCACCAUCACUUGUGGAUGAGCUAAACCUCACUGCUGACUUUGAACCCCUCGAAGUAGAGCCUCUUGGCCCUGGGAAGCAUCAAGACUUGAUGCCACCAGUUUCUACCCAACAACCUAUGCCCAGUUACAGUCAGUCAAUGGGUCAUUACAUUGGCAUUAAGGCCAGUGUGGGUCAGUCAUUUUCCGGUUCUCAGGGCAUAAAUGAGGGCAUGAUUACAGAGCCACAUGGCUCAUACCAUAGUGCUCCCAUGAAUCAAGUUCCUCAAUCCAACGGGCUGUUCUGUAACAGUGGCAGUCCAAUGUGGGGUAACCAAGACCAGAAUGGGAAUAUGUACCAGCCCUUGCCUCAGCAGCAGCUUUGUCAUCAACAGCAACAACUACAGAGCCAGCAACUUCAUGUCAGACAUCAAACACAGCAACAACACCAUCCCUGUUAUCAGCAAGAGGAGCAGCAGCAUAGAAUGCGACAGCAGCAGCUGCAACAACAGCAAAGUCAUCAGCAACAGCUGUUAAACCAGCACCAACAAAUUAACGCACAGACUGUGUCCCUGCAGCAACAGCAUCACAAUUUCUCAUUUCACCAGGGAGGUCAAUCCAGCAGCCAACAGCAAAUUCACCACACUCAGCAGCAGGUUCAGCACCAACUAACUGUGAGAGAGCAGCAGUUCCAUUCAAGAGGUGUUCCAAGUAAGCCUUUUUUGGAAAUGAGUGUGACUUGUUUGCAAACACAGCCACAGCAAGGUAACUACCAGCUGGUCAGGGGAUGUCAAGCUUUCCCCGGAGCAGGACUGGAAGACUCUAACCUGCCCUUUCCCAUGCAUUCAUCAUCUAUAGUUCAUUCCCUGCCCACAUGUUCUGUCAGCUCUGCCAGUGCUUACCAACCGACUCAGUACCCUGCUUACCCUGGGGAGCCAGAAUUACCCAGUCUCAAUGAGCAAUCUUUGUCCUCAGCUCCGGUGUCUAGGCCCACCAACACCACUGCACCACUCACUUCUACAGUACCUGAGCUAGCAGGGACACCAUGCCAGUUUUCAUCCACGGUCCGUCUGAGUCAGCAGCACACUAGGACCCCAGUUAGCCAGGCAGAGGAAUGUUCUUUCCGUGCUGUACGUUGUCCUGGAGAAACCCAGGGAAACUGCAAGUCGUCUGAAAUUUUUGGUGAAUCUAUGCGAUGCUACCCCAACAUGACCAGCCACCUGCCUUCUGAGCAGCCUCAGAGCUGCAGGGUUAUCAACACUAAUGGAUACCAAACUUUGGGAGACAGCCUCUUACCAUCAGCAGCUCACGAUGGGGACUUUGAUGGCCUGGAGCCUCCUGACCUCCUGCCUGACCUUUUGCCCCAGCUUGAGCAUGCUUUUAAGCAAGAGGACAAAUCUAACUGUUCCUGGGCUGAUACUACGCAGGAGAUGGGAAUUGAGUACAGGAAACCAUCACCUAUUGAGUACAACGAAGACAAGCCUCGAAAGAACGCUAAUGGUCCCGGAAGCCAGAUGCGGGUCCUCAGUCCCCCUGUAAAGAGCAGCUCAUCUUCAUCAUCAUCCUCUUCAUCUUCCUCUUCAUCCUCAUCCAGCUCGUCAUCAGAGAAGAGGGUUCCGCGGAGGAUGCAUCAUCCGAUGGAGUCAACUCCACAGGACAAGCAGGAGAAGGCCAAUAGGAUAAUAUCAGAGGCUAUUGCUAAGGCUCGGCAAAGAGGGGAGAAGAACAUCCCAAGAGUUAUGAGCCCAGAGAGCUUCCCCAGCUCUUCUUCACAGUACAAGGCCCACCGUGACCAUGAGCACAAAGGAAAUGGGAAGGCACGGCUCAAGGAGAAGGCCUGUAGGAAGGCUUGUAUUGUACCCUCCUCUAAGCCCAAGCAGAAGGCCAAGAUCGGGAAAAUUGUCAUUAAGAUUGGAAAGAAGAAAAGGCGAAAGCAAGAGUCUUCAGAGGAGUCAGAUGAUGACCCUCCCCCUCGACACACGUUAAAGGAUGACUCUAAGAGGCGGUCUAAUCGGCAGGUGAAGAGAAAGAAGUAUGCUGAAGAGCUGGAGACCAGGCUGUCAGAUGAAGAAGUUAAGGUUAUUGUGAAAGCCAAGAAAACCAGUACUGCACCACCCAAGGAACCUGCUCUUCAGCUGUUUGUAGAGAAUCCCAGUGAAGAGGAUGCUGCUGUUGUUGACAAAAUCAUGUCUUCUCGUAUUGCUAAGAAGGAGGUUUCUCCAGGAGUGGUCAUUGAAGUGGAAGAGUUCUUUGUGAAAUACAAAAACUACUCCUACCUACACUGUGAGUGGGCCACAGAACAGCAGCUGGAGAAGGACAAGAGGAUUCAGCAGAAGAUCAAACGCUUCAAGAUGAAACAGGCACAGAGGGCGCUCUUCUUCGCAGAUAUGGAAGAGGAGCCGUUUAACCCUGACUACGUAGAAGUAGAUAGAGUGCUGGAGGUGUCAUAUUGCGAGGACAAAGACACAGGAGAGGAAGUGGUGUACUACCUGGUGAAGUGGUGCUCUCUGCCCUAUGAAGACAGCACCUGGGAGCUGAAGGACGACGUAGAUCAGAGUAAGAUUGAAGAGUUUGAGCAGCUGCAGGCAGCCAAGCCAGACUCACGCAGGGUGGAGCGCCCUCCAGCCAAUCUGUGGAAGAAGAAGGAACAGUCGAGGCAAUACAGGAAUGGCAAUAGCCUCAGGGACUACCAGCUAGAGGGAGUCAACUGGCUCCUUUUCAACUGGUACAACAGACGGAACUGCAUCCUGGCAGACGAGAUGGGCCUGGGAAAAACCAUACAGUCCAUCACUUUCCUAGAAGAGAUCUAUCGCGUUGGAAUCAAGGGGCCCUUUCUUAUAAUUGCCCCCCUCUCCACCAUCGCCAACUGGGAGCGCGAGUUCCAUACCUGGACCCACCUCAACGUCAUCGUUUACCAUGGAAGCAUGGUCAGCAGGCAGAUGCUCCAGCAGUAUGAGAUGUAUUUCAGGGAUGCACAGGGUCGUGUCAUACGGGGUGCCUACAGGUUCCAGGCUGUUAUUACCACAUUUGAGAUGAUUCUUGGAGGCUGUCCCGAGCUCAACGCCAUAGAGUGGCGCUGCGUUAUUAUUGAUGAGGCCCAUCGUCUCAAGAACAAGAACUGCAAGCUGCUAGAGGGAUUCAAGCUCAUGAACCUGGAGCACAAGGUCCUGUUGACGGGUACUCCCCUCCAGAACACAGUGGAAGAGCUCUUCAGCCUGCUCCACUUCCUGGAGCCGGCACGCUUCCCUUCCGAAAACACCUUCAUGCAGGAGUUUGGAGACCUCAAGACUGAAGAGCAGGUACAGAAGCUUCAGGGUAUCCUGAAGCCCAUGAUGCUGCGUCGUUUGAAGGAAGAUGUGGAGAAGAAGUUGGCUCCGAAAGAGGAAACCAUCAUUGAAGUUGAGCUCACCAACAUUCAGAAGAAAUACUAUCGUGCCAUCCUAGAGAAGAAUUUCUCUUUCCUGGCUAAAGGAGCUGGCCAGGCAAACAUGCCCAAUCUGGUCAACACCAUGAUGGAGUUAAGAAAGUGCUGCAACCACCCCUACCUCAUCAAAGGGGCAGAAGAAAAGAUCCUAGAGGACUUCAGGGAGGUGCACAGCCCCACUGCCCCUGACUUUCACCUGCAGGCUAUGGUGCAGUCUGCUGGAAAGCUCGUCCUGAUUGACAAAUUGCUGCCUAAAAUGAAGGCAGGAGGGCACAAAGUGCUCAUCUUCUCUCAAAUGGUGCGCUGCCUGGACAUCUUGGAAGACUACCUCAUUCAGAGAAGGUAUCUGUACGAGCGGAUUGAUGGACGUGUUCGUGGAAAUCUGCGACAGGCUGCCAUCGACCGCUUCAGUAAGCCUGACUCAGACCGCUUUGUUUUCCUUCUGUGUACAAGAGCUGGUGGGCUGGGAAUCAACCUCACAGCAGCCGACACCUGCAUCAUCUUCGACUCUGACUGGAACCCACAAAACGACCUGCAGGCCCAGGCUCGCUGCCAUCGGAUCGGUCAGAACAAGGCAGUGAAGGUCUACCGUCUGAUCACCAGGAACUCAUACGAGCGAGAAAUGUUUGAUCGUGCCAGCCUCAAGUUGGGUCUGGAUAAAGCAGUGUUGCAGAGCAUGAGUGGCCGAGAUAACAGCCUGGGAGGAGGCACCGGGGGAGGGGCUGUGCAGCAGCAGCUGUCCAAGAAGGAGAUUGAAGAUCUAUUGCGACGUGGGGCCUAUGGGGCCAUCAUGGACGAGGAGGAUGAAGGGGCCAAAUUCUGUGAGGAGGACAUUGACCAGAUCCUGCAGCGCAGGACAAAGACCAUUACCAUCGAGUCUGAGGGACGAGGAUCUACUUUUGCCAAGGCCAGUUUUGUAGCGUCUGGAAACCGUACAGACAUCUCCCUGGAUGACCCUAAUUUCUGGGACAAGUGGGCCAAAAAGGCUGACAUUGAUGUAGAUAUGGUCAAUGGCAGAAACAGCUUGGUCAUUGACACUCCUCGUGUCAGAAAGCAGACAAGGCCCUUCAGCGCCACCAAGGAUGAGUUAGCAGAGCUUUCAGAGGGCGAGAGUGACAAUGAUGAGUCCAAGCCUAAGCUCAGGCGAAACUAUGAUCGCCUCAACAGCUAUGGCCGCACAGAGUGCUUCAGAGUAGAGAAGAACUUGCUCGUCUAUGGAUGGGGCCGUUGGAAGGAUAUUCUCAACCAUGGGCGUUUUAAGAAGCAGUUAACUGAGUGGGAUGUGGAGUCCAUCUGCAGGGCCCUGCUGGCCUACUGCCUGGUCCAUUACCGGGGAGAUGACAAAAUCAAAAGCUUCAUGUGGGACCUCAUUGCCCCGACCGAGGACGGACGCACAAAGGAGCUGCAGAAUCACCUGGGCUUGUCUGCCCCAGUUCCUCGGGGCAGAAAGGGUAAAAAGAUGAAGACCCAGUCUAGCGCUUUUGACAUCCACAAGGCCGAAUGGCUUAGGAAGCACAACCCUGAGCAUAUGCUUCAGGACGACGGCUAUAAGAAGCACCUGAAACACCACUGCAACAAAGUGCUGCUCAGGGUCAGAAUGCUCUACUACCUGAAACAGGAGGUGAUAGGAAGCCAGGCCCAGAAGGUGCUGGAUGGCGUGGACUCCAGUGAGAUAAAGAUCUGGGUUCCAGAGCCGGAUAAUUCAGAGCUUCCAGCCCUGUGGUGGGAUGCAAUCUGUGACAAGUGUCUGCUGCUGGGUGUCUUUAAGCAUGGUUAUGAGAAGUACAACACUAUCCGUGCAGACCCUACCCUGUGUUUCCUAGACCGCGUGGGAAAACCAGACGAGAAGGCCAUCGCUGCUGAACAGAGAGGCAACGAUUUCAUGGAUGGGGAUGUGGAUGAUCCAGAGUACAAGCCUGCUCCAGCACUGAUAAAGGACGACAUGGAGGAUGACGCCUCUUCUCCUGGAGACUUGGUUAUCACUGACAGUGCUGGAGAUCCUAUUCCAGUGACAGAAAGCGAAAGUGCCUACUGGCCCUCCCCCUCGGUGUUGACCGCCAGGCUGAGACGUCUGAUAACAGCUUCUCAGCGCUACACCAAGAGCCGCCAGAUCCUACACAUCCACCAGGCUCAGUCUCAGUCCUCCCAGCAGACUAUGGUACUCGCUGCUCCGCUCUGCCCCCUACCCCCCACAAUCAAUGACACCCUCAACCCCAAGAUGGCUGCUAAGAUUGAACGGCAACAAAGAUGGACCAGACGAGAAGAGGCUGACUUCUAUCGUGUUGUCUCCACUUUUGGUGUUGUUUUUGAUCCAAACCUCGGGCGAUUUGACUGGACCAAGUUCAGGGCUAUGGCUCGGCUGCACAAGAAGACUGAUGAGAGCCUCCAGAAAUACCUUUGUGCUUUUACUGCCAUGUGCCGUCGUGUAUGUCGCCUGCCACCCAAAGAGGGAGACUCUGCAGUGGACCCGUCUCUAAACAUCCAGCCCAUUACAGAAGAGCGGGCAUCUCGUACCCUGUACAGAAUAGAGUUGCUUCGGCAAGUGAGAGAGCAAGUCCUCCGACAUCCGUUACUCUACGAGCGUCUACCGCUGUGUCAGAUGAGCUCUGACUUACCUGUUUGGUGGGAGGCUGGUACUCAUGACCGUGACCUGCUAAUUGGUGCUGCAAAGCACGGUGUAAGUCGCACCGAUUACCACAUUCUCAGAGACCCUGAGCUCAGCUUCAUGGCUGCCCAACGCAACUACAGCCAAACAAAAGCUGCACAGCAGCAAUCACGCACAUCCACGCCGCUCUUACACCCUCAGUACCAGACUGCCACCUCAGUGUUGACAGGGUCUCCACUGCCUCCACCCACUCAAAGAGACGCAGAUCCAUGUGGGGUCGUGCCCAAAGUGGAACCAGCUUCAGAGGGAGAGGAGGGCAAGGAAAAACCGGGAGCAAGCUGGACCCCCACUCAAGCACCAGCUACUCCCACAGGUCUGGAAGAGAAGCCUGUUUCAGUGACGAGGGACAACGAAAGGCAGAUGGUGGCAGCACGAACCAAACCCCUCACACCCAACUCUUCAGAGAGGAAACCGAAAAAGACCAAGAGGGGCCGCAGGGAGGCCAGGCAUGGCUCAGAGUCUGACUCAGAUGGCUCCUCCUCAACUACUUCAUCACGAUCCUCCUCUUCCUCAUCAUCAUCCUCUUCUUCUUCAUCACAUUCGGGGUCCAGUUCCUCCUCCUCUUCCUCAUCUUGUUCUUCAGGAUCUUCGUCAUCAUCCUCCUCCUCCUCAUCUUCUUCGGAUGACAGUGAAAGUGAGGGAGAGGAAGGGAAGAAGAAAGUGCCCACAGCAACAACCGUAAAGGGAUUUGAUGAGGACAGCGUGGCGUCUCUGAGCACUACACAGGAUGAAACACAAGACACCCAUGUGGCUGAGAAUGGCAUCUCCAACAGCUCUUCACAUCCUUUCCAGGGUGGAGGGUACAUGUUGGCUGCAUCCUACUGGCCAAAGGAUCGUGUGAUUAUUAACCGCCUGGAUAGCAUCUGCCAGGCAGUGCUUAAAGGCAAGUGGCCGGGAACACGUCGGGUCUAUGAGCCUGGAGGUGCAGUGGCCUCCUUCUACACCACCAAGCUGCUGGACAACGCCAACAGCAUGUGCGAGGACCCCUCUGCCUCGCCACAGGGGUCAAAGGUGACCAAGCAUGUUGCAGAAAACAAGGAGUUCUCAGUAAAACUCAACGAUGAGGGAGGUCUAAAAUUGACCUUCCAGAAACAGGGUCUACCUCUGAAGAGGCCCCUGGAGUCUGAGGAAGGUCCCCAGGCCCAGCAGCAGUACCUGGCUCGGCUUCAUGAGCUCCAGAGUGCCUCAGACACAGGACUUGCUGACAUCACCAAGCCUCAGUGCAGCUUCCAGCCUGUUCCUCCAGGUCUUACUGGUCAGAUGAGGCCGAACGGCGUAAUAGACGGCCAGCCAGUGGUUAAAAGGAGGAGAGGGAGAAGGAAGAAUGUUGAGGGGAUGGACCUGCUCUUCAUGAACAGGAGUAGAGUCCCUGCAGUUCCCGAUCAGGUACCUCCAGGGUGGGGGGGUAUUGGCCAGGUGGGCAUGGCUACAGCACCUGUGUCAACCUUCAGCCAGAACUCCGGUCAGGUCCCUGCAGACACUGAGAGCAGGGUCCCAGUUAUCAAUCUCAAAGAUGGCACCCGGCUCGCUGGGGACGACGCUCCCAGGAGGAAAGAUCUGGAUCAGUGGCUAAAAGAAAACCCCGGCUUUGUGGCAGACACAGGCGCUUUUAUCUGUGGGGUAAAUAAGAUGCAGAUGCAGUUCCACUUCCAGGACGGUCGGCCAAAGCAGAAAAGGCACCGCUGCAGGAACCCCAACAAGAUCGAUGUCAACAGCUUGACGGGAGAAGAAAGGGUCCAGAUCAUCAACAGGAGAAAUGCACGCAAGAUUGGUGGAGCCUUUGCUCCUCCACUGAAGGACCUGUGCCGAUUCCUUCAGGAAAACCCCGAAUACGGAGUCCCGCCUGAAUGGGCCGAUGUGGUAAAACAAUCGGGUUACCUCCCAGAGAGCAUGUUUGACAGGAUCCUGACGGGACCCAUUGUUCCUGAGGAGGUAAGCAGGCGUGGGCGACGACCUAAGAAUCCUCUGGCCAAGGCGGCGGCAGCAGCCGCUGCAGCAGCGGCGGCACCCUCCAAUGCGGCAGCCUCAGCACUGGGUUUGAACCCACUGCUGGCCAAUGGCCUCCUCUCUGGAAUGGACCUCACGAGUCUGCAGGCCUUCCAGCAAAACCUCCAGAGUUUACAGUCCCUGCAGCUCACCGCAGGCCUGAUGGGGCUGCCGUCCGAUGCUAGCAACCUGGCCGCAAGUAACUUGGCUGCCAUGUUUCCCAUGAUGCUGUCUGGUGUGGCUGGACUGCCAAACCUACUUAGCAUGGGCAGCUUGCUUGGGAAGCCUGCUCAGGAAGGUGCAGGAGGCUCUGAAGAGAAAACAAAGGGAAUAACCAGCAGUGGAACAGGAGAGCCGUCUGCCUCUAAAGCUCCCUCUCAAACCUCAGACACCAAAGGAGAAAGGACAGAGGGCUCAAACACGACUCCUUCCUCCACUUCCAGCUCUGCUUCCUCUGCCACCGCCACACAAAGUGCUUCAGCUGCCUCUGCAGCCUCCAGUCAGCCACUGUCUCUUAACCCCUUGUUACUCUCCAGUAUGCUUUACCCAGGGAUGCUUCUCACUCCAGGCCUUAACCUUCCUGUGUCCACCACACAGCCGCAGAGCUCAAACAGUGACCCCACCCUUCCAACUGCUCCUCCUCUGCCUUCAGCCUCCCAGUCAUUGCGGCAGGAGACACAGCAGCCACGGGGAGACGAAGAGGAGGAGGACGACGAGGUAUUAGGAGAGGCUUUGGAUGAAGGGGAGGAGGAGGAGGAGGAGGAGGAGGAAGAAUCCACAGAACAAAAGGAUAACAGUGGUCCUGAAGGUUCAGGGAAAGCAGAGUCGUCUUCAUCAGAGUCUGGGAACUCUUCCUCAUCCUCAGACGAUUCAGACUCAAGUGAUGAGGACUGAUCCUACGAGUAUAUAAAUAUAAAUUUAUUUAUGUAUUGCCUAGAAAUGUAUACAUCUAUUCACAUAUAUAUAUGGAUUUUCCAGCACUUCUGUUGUGAUUUCUUUACAUGUAAAUACAAAAACUAACUACAAUGUUGUGUAAUAAAGACUACAAAAACCUUAAAAAAAAAAAAAAAAAGGAAAAACUGACUUAAAGAAACUGAAAUAAAAUGUCAAUGUUUGUUCACAAGGUACAGUCUUGUUUUGAGACAUUUUGCAUGUCAGACUUUAGUAGAUUUCUGAACUCUGAAUUGUACCACGCGAUUAUGUACAAUUGCAACAAAAAAAGGCAUUAUUGUAAUUAUGUCAGGAUUAAUUUUAUUAAAAAAGUGAAACUACAUCAACACGCUCUUUGAGCUGUACUAUUAAUAUAUUUUGAUUGUUGGGGGGGGGUGUGGGGAAUGACACUUGACAAACACUUUGGGUUCUCUUGUAAAUAGUCAGUACUUUUACAGGUUCGUUGACACUUAUGCUUUGCAGAUCAUAUGUUGGAUAUGUCAGCAAUAACUUGGGCAGCUAAUGAAUGUCACUGAAGCUGUAGAUUCUCUGUCUGCCAUGUUCCACCCCAGUGCACAACUCUCACAGCCUCACCAACCUGUCACUUACCUUCAUAUCAUGUUGAAGAGGUUAUUUAUCACUUGUUCUUGCCCAGUUCCCUCGUUGGUAAGGACUUGGAAAAUUGGUAAAAGUAUUAUUUUUCCAGAUGUACACAAGCGUAAAUCUCGAAAAGGAAAAAAAAAAACAUGAUUCAUUUCUUUUUUUUUUUUUUUUUCUUUUUUUUUUAAAGGUUUCAGGAUCUAACUUGACAUUUUAAUUUUCACCAUCACCUUACAAACAUGCCACAGCAUGUUCAAGGCGCACUUUAGCCACCAACAGUAGGCAUUCACAUUCACCUGCACAUUUCUUAAUUAUAACUAAAAGCUCCUUGAGCUGCAGUAACAGAGAAAAACCUUCUACUGUGUGCCAAAAAAACUGCCCUUUGACCCUUCGCGGUCUUGACGGAGUUGUUUGGUCUUUGUAGUGUUGAUGGAUAUUAUUUCUACAACCCCGGUGUAUUUGACUGAAUCUUACCUCAACUUUGCUAAAUGGAUUGGCUUCACUGUGCAAAUGUACAUGUGCAUGGAUGCGUGAUCUUUACUGUCCAUGUACACGGUGUUCUCAUCUCUGCUGGAAUGUUCGUGUCGGAGGCUUUUUUGAUUUUAAAUGAAUGCUUCCUCUUAUGUUUUGCUUCCUGGGCUGCUCCUCACACUGCUUCCAUAACUCACUGGGGUGUAUGUUGUGUGUUAGGUGGUGGUGGGGGUUACAGGCUGCGAGAAAUAAACACCACAUUGCUAUUUUUUUUUUUGUUUGUUUGUUUUCAGUUUUUUUUACUGUCAAACAUUUCUUGUUGAAAAUUUGGAGGAAAUUCAAGUCCUUGAUCAUACACGUUGCAUGACGACCUGUGUUCCUACAGAGCCCACGGGGCACAAGCACAAAAUAGUUCAGUUCCUGGCUAAGAUUGUAGUAACUGUCAUUGUCUAAGUAUUCAAUUUUACGCAGUGCCACACGCGUUCGCUUCAGGAAGGGCUCAAUAAUAGCAUUUGUUGCUUUGAGUCUUUAGCACCGUCUUGAUUUAUUUAACUUAGCCCUCGACUCUGUUUUGUGACGAGCAGAGCUUCAGAUAGAUGUAGAAGUGCCCUUAUCCUGUACCUCUCUCUCAUUGAACCGCUCACACGUACGCUCGGUUUCCAUGCUUGUGCGUUUUGUUCAGCAUCCGUGCACAUGUCCAUUCUAAACUGUAACCAGGACACACACAAACACUGGAGUUCGCUCGAACCGAAGUACCUUUUUCUAAGUCUCUUCUAGCACAACAGUGCUUGCUCUAGGACUGCUGUUACACAGUGGACUGUUAGAUACACAAAUUAUUUCCGAGGUGAGGUUUCCGUUCGGGCUGAGGGUGACGGCCCGCUGAAAUAACUGUUUAGUUCUUAAGGGUAGCUGUAGCAUUUUUCUCCAGUGGGUUCAGACAUGAACAAAGACUGAAGACACGCCUGAUUUCUAAUGUUGCUUUAACGUGGUUUUCUUGUAUGCCUGUUCUCUAUAGACCUCGUCAUGGGUUUGCUUGCAAUGCAAUUGCAUUUUUUAAUUAUUACUAACAGUACGGUAUUUUUCUAUGUCUGAGCAAUGAACUUAAACAUGCCACUGUCAUUUUGUAUAUCUGCACCUCUACGCUCUUUAAACUUGUAGUGCCCUUAUGCAAACACCCAGCCACUGCUACAUCUGCUGUAGGUGACUGAUGACUUUUGCUACUUUUUGUUGCCCUGCAGCGAUGGAUUGAUGACUGUGUUGACCCUCUUUAAGAGACAAAUGUAGACGCAAGAUGGGACUUUUCGCUUUCAUUGCUUUCCUUCAUUAUUUUAUUUUAUUUUAUUUUAUUUUUUUAAAGGUUGUCUUGUAUACAGACUUUGAAAGGCACUGCUCAUUGCUAAAAAAAAAAAAAAAAAAAAGCUGUGCUGAAUCUGCAUUAAACA